UGGAAUAUGUAAAGGGACCACCCCCAUUCACCGAAGCUAAACCCAACCGGGCUCCGCAAUCGGGGCUCCGCAAUCCCGACGUCAUCGAUGCCGAAAACCGUCCGAUCCCGAUUGCCGCGAUUCUGGAAUCUGAAUCAACAACAUCCACAAAAAACCACCUACGUCUCUUUCUCUCAUUCUUACCCCGCGCACCUCAAUUCCCCUUGUUUCUUUCUCAGAACUACACACACACACACUCAUCAAUAAAAAUGUCACCCACAACAGCAACCUACCUCUUCGGAGGUCCGAACCCCUGGACCCCCGAAGACUGGACCUCCUCCGACGACCGCGUCCGCGGCGGCGCCUCCCACUCCUACCUCACCAUCACGCCUUCUUCUUCCGACGACGAAAAGACUACAGCCCGCUUCCACGGCACCCUCGACAUCCACACCCUGGGCGGCGCCGGCUUCGCCUCCCAACGCACGACCACCACGACCAAAGAAUGGGACCUCUCCCGGUUCUCGGGGAUAGAGGUGCAUGUCCCCCACGCCGACGACAAGCGCUACACCCUCAUGCUGAAGGAUGAGAUCCUGCCGAAUCGGCCGGACGGGCGGGAGCGGAGCUCGCUGUCGUGGGAGGUGGACUUCACCGUACCGGAAGGGGGUGGGAGGUUACGGUUUGCGUGGAAGGAGUUUCGGCCGACGUACCGUGGGAGGGAGAUGAGGGAUGGGGUGAAGCCGUUGGAUUUGGAGAGGGUGAGGAGGGUGGGGAUUAUGGUGAGGAGUUUCUUUGGAGAGCAGGAGGGGGAGUUUGAGUUGGUGGUGGAGUCGAUUCGGGGGUUCGAGGCCCCCAAGGAGGAGAUGAGGUAUAAGGAUGAUGUGUUUGCAACUACUUGUGCAGUGGAGGAGUAUAAUGAGAAGUGGGGUGAGGAAAGGGAGGGGGAGGGGCUGAGUCGCAAGGCGCAAUGGAUGGCUAGCUCACGGCCUUGGGAUCGGUUGAGGGCGAUGUUCUGCUGUGGGAUCUAGUAUUCUUUAGUUCCAUCAAGACGGAGGUAGGGUGAAGCUAAAAUAGAAAAAACAACACUAUGGAUGCGAUUACCUCCUCCCCCUAAGCAUACAGCCCAUGCCCAACACAGUACAGUACAUACUCUCACUCUCCAACCCCCGAAUAACCCUCCCAAACAAAAGCCUCCACCUCCCCAACCAACCUCUUCAACCGUCUCUCAUCCUCCCCACCCACCGUAACAGCUACAUAACUCCUCCCCCCAUCCAC